CACCACCAGCAUGGCGUGUGCGGUGGCCGCCCCGGUGCUGCCGGAGCCGACGGACGACUUCCCGGCGUGGCUGGAGGCGCAGGGCGUGAACGAGGAGGUGGCCCGGGCCAUGGACUCGGAGCUGGGCAUCCGGGACUACGGGGUCCUGCGCGCCUGCGUCGGGGACGGCCUCGUGCGUGCCGAGCUGCUGGCCGCGGCGCGCGACCGCCUGCCCUUCGGCUUCUACGCCGUGCUGCGGCAGGUGGUGAAGGCCCUGCGGGGCGACGGGCACCACGAUGACGCGGCCGCCGCCUACCCUGGCGACGUGACGCUGGGAGGGCUGGUGGACGUGCUGCUCGCUCUGUUCAGCGGCCUGAGCCGGGAGCUGCUGCUGUCCGCGCGGAGGCUGGGAGCCAUGGACGGUCAAGGGAGCGGCGAUGGUGGUUCGAGCCCACUCGGUGCAGAGAUGGAACAUGAUGACCUGAUCGCUGAUGAAGAAAAGCUUGCCGCAGGGGAUGAUCGCGCUGUCAAACGUACCGACAUGUACCAGGAGCCGGAUAAAGAAGCGACGCUGGAUUCAAGGGAGCCUUGCGACGAGGGGGGAGGAGACACCCACACGUGGCACGGGGUGAAGAUGGAGACCUGCGACGCCGCAGAAAUCCCGUGGACGGUGCCAGGAGACAACAAUUUGAGCAACCACGGGGCAGCCUGGGAGGAGAUCAUCGUGGGAGGGGCGGCGCCCGUCGGGACGGCACAACGUGCAGGCAGUUGCGUCGGUAAGGGCCACUCGGAAUUCAUCAUCCAGGACGUGACCUCGCUGCUUGCGACCGGCAAAGCCCGCUUGCGCGCCAAACGGCGGGCUGGCGAUGACGGCGAGGUCACCGGGGAGAAUGUGGACGGCCACCAACCCCCUUGGCAGUGGCAGCAGCAGCAGCAGCAGAUGACCAAAGGGACGCCGGUCGAAAACAGCAUUUCCGAGUUCGCCACCCAACCGCCCGCCGAUUCCCAGUACCAACAGGCUCCCUCCGCCACGGCGAGCGGGCUGCACCCGGGGUUACUCCAGCGCGGCGGCGGCGGCACCGCCGAUCAGCAGCUGGCGCAGCAGCUGCAGCCGGUGCUGUCGUGCGACAUCUGCGGGCAGGGGUUCGCGCAGCGCCGCGUCCUGGACGUGCACCGCCUGAGGCACACUGGCGAGAAGCCGCACCGAUGCGCCGUGUGCGGGCGCGCCUUCUCCCAGAACUGCAGCCUCAAGCGGCACCAGCGCACGCACACGGGCGAGCGUCCGCACCGAUGCGCCGUGUGCGGGCGGGCGUUCGCGCUGCCCGGCGACCUCAAGAACCACCAGCGCAUCCACACGGGCGAGAAGCCGUACCGCUGCGCGGUGUGCGAGCGCUCCUUCUCGUGGUACUCCAGCCUCAAGAUCCACCAGAACACACACACGCGCGGCCGGCCCUCUUGCUGCAAGGUGUGCGGCCUGGUGUUCGAGGACCAGGCAGACUUCAGGCGACACCAGCAGGCGCACGCACGAAAGGCGGCGGCGGCGGCGGCGGUGGCGGCGGCGGAGGCCGCGGCGACGACCCUCCUGUGACCUCGGCGACCCUCCUGUGACCUCGGCGACCCUCCUGUGACCUCGGCGACCCCCCCUGUGACCUCCACGGAGCGUGGCGGCAGGGCUCCUCGCGUGAGAAGUCGCCGUGAGAACUCGGGGAGGGCUCUGCUUGAAAUUCUAGAUUUGAAGCUUUCGUGACUGCAAGGAUUCGUGCUCUUGGUGCUUUCGGUAAAGUCGCGUGGGUAAAAAAUUAAAUUGAAAUUAAUAGAAAUGAAACGAUAAAAUCACGACGUUUUCGGAGGCAACGCAAGCUUCCGUCUUCAGGUGAAACUGUCACAGCAAAAUAUCUGUAUCACUUGAUACAAUUCACCUGAAGACGGAAGCUUGCUCUGCUUGAAAAGUUGGCGCCCAACGGCACGUUGCGAUUGCCGUCAUGUUACCUUGACGAUCGACUCUGCGGUGAUGUCGUCAUGGUCGCCGGUUUGUUUAUUGGGGAAACCGCAAAAUGCAAAAUGCUCAGGGGAUGCCGUGUAAUGGUUUGCACACGAGCUGCGUAUCCGGAGGGCAUCGGUUACAAUUAGAAUCUCUCGGCGCGGCGGUUGAAAUGGGUAGACGUGGCGAUGGCUUGGGCAGGCGUCCAGCAGGCAGUGGAUUGAUCAUGGCUGAUAGCUGCUUUAUAUAUCUUACUUUAAAAGUUCUAACACGCACAGCCUGCUAAGAUUCGAAAAUAUAUUUUCACCGAUGCGUCGUCGGACACAAGUUGCGGGGUGGGAUCGCAUUCGCCGCUGAACCACGCAAACGGUCCGGCGUUCAUUUUGUUUGGAGGCAGAGUUGCUACGAUGGCCGGCGCCAAACUGUGCCACACGCCUUCCCACGGCAAGACCUGUUACCGUCGAUUCCCUGCGGAAUCGAUUUCGUUCCGAUGACUUAAACGGAACGUCAUCGGGAGAACUGGUGACGUACGUGUGCAUGUCGUGGGAACGGGGACAAGGUUAAGAAUCGAUUUGAAUCGAUGCAUAGUUACGCGUGUGUCGGCUCGCAGAUAAAAAAGAUUGUUUAACCCAACUUGUUGCGGACAAGGAUAACAAAACAGCACCGAAUACAAAAAUAUUUUAUCGCUGCAUCCAACGAUUUAUUUCAGGCCAUUACAGAGUCAUACAAUACAGGAAUCUUUUAUUUUUCAACGAAUUUAUUGCUGUGGUUUUCACACCUGAUGACGAUUGCUUGUGUUGUUGCAGUCGUUAACGUCGCGAGCAUUUUAUUGUUUUGUUUGAUUAUUUCCCUUCUACGUGACUUUACACGAAAGAGCCAAGAAUAUGAAUACAGGAAUUCCUCGCCAACCGCCGUUUCACGUGUGCACGGUAUAUUGUUUCGUCUACCCAAUCGCGGCCUGGAAAUUUGCGCAAGCAGCGUUAAGGAAUUUCGAUUUAAAGCUUUCGUGACUGCAGGGAUUCAUCUUCUUGGUUCUUUCGGUAAAGUCACGUAGAAUGGAAAUAAUAAAAUAAUAAAAAUAAAACAUAAUAAAAUAAUUCUCACGACGU